UCCUUCCAAACCCAGUAGUGUACAGUUUCCCUUUUCUCCGAGGACGCGCAAACCCAGCUUUAAAUCAGCUGACAAAAUUCCUUUCCCAGCUUUCUUUUUCUUCCCCGAUUCAACGCCGCAGCUUUCGAGGUUGUUGCUCGAACCCUAACCACAGCGAGAGAGAGAGAGAGAGAGAGAGGAAGGAAUCCCGGAAUCCGUUUGCUAAUGUCAAGCGCGUUGGUGUUCUCGUCGCUGCGGCGGAGAAAAUCGCCGCUUUCGGGUGCCUUCUUCACGCCGGCGGACCUAACCGAUCUCGCUCUUCUCCAAACUGUAGUGAUCAUCGCCGGUGAACUUGUUUCACGAUACACCAAUCCCAACGCCUCUCUACCCCUCUUCCAGCGGCGGAACUCCCGAUCGCUUAUCUGGAAGGUAAAAAUCCUACUUGAUUUCUUAAGAUUUCUCAGCGAUGGCGGCUCGCUUUUGCGGCUGCCUCCCUCUGCGACGACCUGUCUGAAGGAGCUCUACAUCCUCAUCCACCGUGCUAGGAGUCUUCAUGACUUCUGCCUCCAGUCGAGCCGGCUAUGGCUUCUUCUCCGGAACCCCCAAAUUUCCGGCCACUUUCACGAUCUCAACAUCGAGAUCGCCACUAUUCUCGAUGUCUUCCCUCUCGGGGAGCUCGAUUUGGACGCCGAUGUUCGGGAGCAGGUCGAGCUCCUCCAUCGCCAUUGCCGAGGGUCCAAGCUUUUCUUGGAGCCGCGAGAGGAGGCCCUCCGCCUUCGCAUCUUCUCCUUCUUAGAGGAGUUUGACAAGGGUCGGGUACCCGAUUCGGCGGACCUGCGCGAGGCUUUUGUGCACGGGUUAAGGAUUCGAGAUGCGAAAACUUGUCGUGCCGAAAUCGAGUUCCUUGAGGAGCAGAUCCACAGCCAGGACGAAGACGUUGCUCCCUCCCUUCUCGGCGGCGUGAUUGCGCUUGUUCGGUACUCUCGAUUUCGACUAUUUGAAUCCCUAGAGGAAGAAAAAAAGAUAAAUCCUUCUUUUCUGAGAGUUGGAGAUUCCUCCAUCACAAUUCCCAAGGAUUUUUGCUGCCCAAUUUCUCUGGAUCUUAUGAGAGACCCUGUGAUUACCUCCUCCGGCCAGACUUAUGAUCGUGCCUCCAUCACGCAAUGGAUUGACGAAGGCCACUGCACUUGCCCUAACUCAGGCCAAAUGCUCGCUCACACUCAUCUUAUGCCAAAUCGAGCUUUCAGAAACCUAAUCGCUCAGUGGUGCGUAGCUCACGGAAUCCCCUAUGAUCCCCCCGAUGGCUACGACGCAUCUGCUGAAAUUGCUUCUACUGUUUCAUCCUCCUUCGCCGCCUCCUUCGCCAACCGAAAAACAGCUGAGAUUUUGUUGGGAAAUCUUACGAUUGGUUCUGAAUCAGAGAAGACAGUUGCAGCUCUCGAGAUACGCUUGUUGGCCAAAACAGGGAAGGAGAACCGAGCUUGCAUUGCAGAGUUGGGUGCCAUUCCCUUACUUGAGAAGCUUCUCAACUCACCAAAUCCCAGCACACAGGAAAACUCAGUGACCGCCAUACUCAACCUCUCCAUACUCGAAAACAAUAAGAUGAGAAUCAUGGAACUGAACGACUGUCUUACUUCGAUCGUCUCAGUUUUGGUCAACGGAUUGACUACUGAAGCAAGAGAGAACGCUGCUGCUACUCUCUUCAGCCUUUCCGCUGUUCAUGCCUACAAAAAGAGAAUCGCUGAUGAGUGUGGCGCCAUUGAAGCCUUGGCACUGUUGCUGAAGGAAGGAACGCCAAGAGGGAAGAAGGAUGCUGUGACUGCUCUCUUCAAUCUCUCCACACAUCCCGAUUGCUCCUCAAGAAUGGUGGAAUCUGGAGCAGUAUCAGCACUGGUAGAAGCUCUGAUGACCGAAGGAGUCUCAGAGGAGGCUGCAGGAGCCAUUGCUCUGCUAGUCAGGCAACAAACUGUGGUAGACAUAGUUGGGAAGGACGACGCCACAGUCUCCAGCCUUGUCAAUUUGAUCAGGAGGGGCAGUGCGAAGGGGAAGGAGAACGCAGUUGCAGCUUUGCAUGAGCUUUGCAGGAAUGGUGGGAUUGCUUUGACACAGAAAGUGGCACGGACUCCGGCAUUGGGUGGUCUCAUACAGACCAUAUUGUUCACUGGUACAAGGCGGGCGAGGAGGAAGGCGGCCUCGCUUGUCAAGUUGUGCCAGAGAAGCGAGAUAGCGGCGGCGACGGCGGUGCAGUUUGGCGGUGGAUGGGAGUACACUGCGAGAAACAGCUCCAUGAGAAGGAAUUCGAGCUUUGUUACAGGUGAUGUAUCAGUUUCAGUUUCACUGGGAAUAUCGGUGCCUGUUCUGUAGAUUGUAUGGGAGAGAGCUGAGGGGUGGAUUCUUUCAUUCAUGCUUGGGUGAAGGUAAAUUGUAUGACAGGGGCUCCAUACCUGUAAAUCUCAUUUGCUGUAAUUAUACUCUUUUGAAAGAUUACCUGCUUGAUAAUACAAUAUUGAUC